GCGGGCCCGCAGCCGAGCGCAAACCCCGCUGGCCGCCGCCGCCAUGCACGCCGCGGAGCCCCCGCCGCCCGAGGACUCUGGGACUACGCCGAGGCCGAACUUUUAGGUCCCACUGAGCGAGGCCCGCGGGCCGGGUGGGGGGCUGGCUGCGGCACUCCCGCGGAGGAUGGAUGGCCGAGACUUCGGGCCCCCGCGGUCCGUGCACGGCCCCCCGCCGCCGCUGCUGUCCGGCCUGGCUAUGGACAGCCACCGCGUGGGCACUACUGCGGCCGGACGCCUGCCCGCUUCUGGCUUGCCCGGCCCGUUGCCGCCCGGGAAGUACAUGGCUGGCCUCAAUCUCCACCCGCACCCGGGCGAGGCCUUCUUGGGCAGCUUUGUGGCCAGCGGGAUGGGGCCCUCAGCCUCGUCCCAUGGGAGCCCCGUGCCCCUGCCCUCUGACCUCUCCUUCCGCUCCCCUACCCCCAGCAACCUGCCUAUGGUGCAGCUGUGGGCCGCUCACGCCCAUGAAGGCUUCUCCCAUCUGCCCAGCGGGCUGUACCCAUCCUACCUCCACCUGAACCACCUGGAGCCCCCCAGCAGCGGGAGCCCCCUCCUCAGCCAGCUGGGCCAGCCCAGCAUUUUCGAUACCCAGAAAGACGGCUUCUACCUGCCCGCCCCAGGGGCUCCGGGCGCCCUGCACUCUCACGCGCCCUCCUCCAGGACCCCGGGCGGCCAUUCCUCCAGCGCCCCGGCCAAAGGCUCUUCGCGGGAAGGUGCGGCCAAGGAGCGGGCGGGCCGCGGCGGGGAGCCGCCCCCGCUGUUCGGCAAGAAGGACCCGAGGGCCCGCGAGGAGGCUGCGGGGCAACGCGGCGUGGUGGACCUGACCCAGGAGGCGCGGGCGGAGGGCCGCCAGGACCGCGGGCCCCCGCGCCUCGCCGAGCGCCUGUCGCCCUUCCUGGCCGAACUGGGGCCGCCGCGCGCGCCGGGCACGGCCGCGAAGAGCCUUUGUUACCUCCCCGCCAAGGAGCUGCUCAAGCCCGAGGCCGAGCCGCGGGCCUGCGAGCGCGCGUCCCGCGGGCCGGCCGCCGCCCCCCAGCAGGCCGCCAAGCUCUUCGGCCUGGAGCCGGCGCGGCCGCCCCCGCCCGCCGGCCCUGAGCCCAAGUGGAAGCCUUUCGAGCUUGGCAACUUCGCCACCACGCAGAUGGCCGUGCUGGCCGCGCAGCAUCAUCACGCCAGCCGCGCUGAGGAGGAGGCGGUGGCCGCCUCCAAGAAGGCCUACCUGGACCCCGGGGGCACGCUGCCCCGCGCGGCGGCUGCCUGCGCCAGGCCGGGCACCGACGUGCAUGCUGCGGCCCACGGGCCCGGGGAGGCCUCGGCCAUGCAGAGCCUCAUCAAGUACAGCGGCAGCUUCGCGCGCGAGGCCGUGGCCGUGCGCCCCGGAGGCUGCGGCAAGAAGAGCCCCUUCGGAGGCCUGGGCACCAUGAAACCCGAGCCUGCCCCCACCUCCACGGGCGCCCCGCGCGCCCAGGCCCGCUUGCCACACCCCGCGGGCCCUGCAGCGGGCGGAGGCCGGCAGCUGAAGCGGGACCCGGAGAGGCCCGAGAGCGCCAAGGCCUUCGGGCGCGAGGGCACUGGUGCCCAGGGGGAGGCAGAAGUGCGACACCCACCCGUGGGCAUUGCGGUGGCCGUGGCCCGGCAGAAGGACAGUGGCGGCAGUGGCCGGCUGGGGCCUGGGCUAGCCGACCAGGAGCGCUCCCUGUCACUGAGCAACGUUAAAGGACACGGUCGAGCUGAUGACGACUGUGGGGACGAAAGGGCCAGGCACCGGGAGGAGCGGCUGCUGGGGGCGCGGCUGGACCGAGACCAGGAGAAGCUGCUUAGAGAAAGUAAGGAGCUGGCCGACCUGGCUCGCUUGCACCCCACCAGCUGUGCUGCUAAUGGCCUGAACCCCAACCUCAUGGUGACCGGGGGCCCGUCGCUGGCAGGCUCGGGGCGCUGGUCCGCCGACCCCGCAGCCCACCUGGCCACUCCCCCCUGGUUGCCCCGCUCGGGCAGCGCGUCCAUGUGGCUCGCCGGACACCCCUACGGUUUGGGCCCCCCACCUCUGCACCAGGGCAUGGCACCUGCCUUCCCGCCUGGCCUGGGGGGCUCCCUGCCGUCGGCCUACCAGUUCGUCAGGGACCCCCAGUCAGGCCAGCUCGUGGUCAUUCCCAGCGAUCACCUGCCUCACUUUGCGGAGCUGAUGGAGCGGGCCGCGGCACCCCCCCUCUGGGCCGCCCUGUACCCGCCGGGCCGCGGCGCCCUGCACCACGCCCAGCAGCUACAGCUCUUCUCCCAGCAGCGCCUCCUGCGGCAGCACGAGCUCCUGUACCUACAGCAGCAGGCCGCCCAGGCCCUGGAGCUGCAGAGGAGCGCCCAGCUGGUGCAGGAGCGCCUGAAGGCCCAGGAGCAUCGGGUGGAGAUGGAGGAGAAGGUGAGCAAGCGGAGCCUGGAGGCUGCAGGCAAGGCCGGCCUGGCCGCCCCGGGCCCUGGGCUGCUGCCCCGGAAGCCCCCCGGCCUGGCCGCCGGCCCCACGGGCACCUACGGCAAGGCCGUGAGCCCGCCGCCAUCUCCCCGCGCUUCCCCUGUGGCUGCCCUGAAGGCCAAGGUCAUCCAGAAGCUGGAGGAUGUGUCCAAGGCGCCCGCCUACGCCUACCCCGCCACGCCCAGCUCCCACCCCAGCAGCCCGCCGCCCGCCUCCCCGCCGCCCACUCCCGGUGUCACCCGCAAGGAGGAGGCACCCGAGAAUGUCGUGGAGAAGAAGGACUUGGAGUUGGAGAAGGAAGCCCCCGGCCCCUUCCAGGCCUUGUUCUCGGAUCUCCCGCCCAGGUACCCGUUUCAGGCCCUGCCGCCGCACUACGGGAGGCCCUACCCGUUCCUGCUGCAGCCCACGGCGGCGGCCGACGCCGACGGCCUGGCCCCCGACGUGCCGCUCCCGGCCGACGGGCCCGAGCGCCUGGCGCUCUCGCCUGAAGACAAGCCCAUCCGCCUGUCCCCCUCCAAGAUCCCGGAGCCGCUGCGGGAGGGCCCGGACGGAGAGGCGCUGGCAGAGCGGGAGGUGAAGGCGGAGGUGGAGGACAUGGACGAGGGUCCUGCCGAGCUGCCCUCGCUGGAGUCGCCUCUGGCGCUGCCCCCCGAGGAAGCGCUGGCGGCCCCGAGCCCUGCGGCCGGCUGUGGAGGCGGCCUGCUGGAGGCCCAGGCCCUGAGCGCCGGCGGGCAGGGGGUCGCGGAGGUCCCCGGGUGCCCGGACUUCGCGGAAGGGGCCGAAGCGCGGGUCGACUCACCCGGCCGGACGGAAUCGUGCGUGGCUGCCCCAGACCUGGGGGCGCGACUGACGCCGGAGACGCUGGUGGAGGCCAAGGAGGAGCCGGUGGAGGUGCCCGUCGACGUGCCCGUGGCUGUGCCGGUGGUAGAGGCGGUGCCCGAGGAAGGCCUAGCCCAGGCGCCCCCGAGCGAGCCCCGGCCCGGCCUGGAGUUGGCAGACUGUGACAUGCCCCCUGGGGACGGAGAGCACCUGAGUCUGGAGGCCCGGGAGGCCGCGCCUGUGCCCGGCGGCACCUGCUUCCUGGAGGAGGAGGAAGGCUCCGACCAGUUUCUGCCUGGCCCAGAGGACCCGCUGGCCGGCAUGAAUGCCCUGGCGGCGGCUGCUGAGCUGCCCCAGGCCAGGCCUCUGCCCUCCCCGGGCGCCGGAGCCCAGGCCCUGGAGAAGCUGGAGGCGGCGCAGAGCCUGGUCCUGGAGCAGAGUUUCCUGCACGGCAUCACCCUGCUGAGCGAGAUCGCUGGGCUGGAGCUGGAGAAGAGGAGCCAGGACGUGGGAGGUGCAGAGCGGGGCCCGGUGGUGCGGCCCUCGCUGGAGAGCCUGCUGGCGGCCAGCAGCCACAUGCUGAAGGAGGUGCUGGACAGUCCCUUCGUGGACCCGCUCAAGAACCUGCGGCUUCCGCGGGAGCUGAACCCCAACAAGAAGUAUAGCUGGAUGCAGAAGAAGGAGGAGCGGAUGUAUGCCAUGAAGUCCUCCUUGGAAAGCAUGGAUGCCAUGGAGCUGGACUUCCGGAUGCGGCUGGCUGAGGUCCAGCGGCGGUACAAGGAGAAGCAGCGAGAGCUGGUGAAGCUGCAGAGACGCCGCGACUCCGAGGACAGGCGCGAGGAACCCCAUAGAAGCUUGGCACGCAGAGGCCCUGGCAGGCCGAGGAAACGGACCCACGCCCUGAGCACCCUGUCGCCCCCCCGCAAGAGAGGGAAGAGCCGCAACAGUAGCGGAAAGCUGAGCAGCAAGCCCCUGCUGACGUCGGAUGAGUACGAGCUUGGAGCAGGGAUGAGGAAGAGACACAAGGGACCCGAGGAGGAACACGAUGCCCUGGUCGGAACGGGGAGAGCUAGGGGCAGGAACCAGCCUUGGGACGAGCACGAAGCCUCGUCGGACUUCAUGAGUCAGCUAAAGAUUAAAAAGAAGAAGAUGGCCAGUGACCAGGAGCAGCUGGCGAGCAAGCUGGACAAGGCCCUCUCCCUCACGAAGCAGGACAAGUUGAAGUCGCCCUUCAAGUUCUCGGACAGUUCUGGAGGGAAGUCCAAAGCGAGCGGGGGCUGCGGCAGGUACUUGACGCCCUAUGACAGCCUGCUGGGCAAGGACCGGAAGGCGCUGGCCAAAGGCCUCAGCCUGUCUCUCAAAGCCUCCAGAGAAGGUAAACACAAAAGGGCCGCCAAAGCCAGGAAGAUGGAGGUGGGCUUCAAGGCCAGAGGCCAGCCCAAGUCGGCCCACUCCCCGUUCGCCUCGGAAGUGAGCAGCUACUCCUACAAUACGGACUCAGAGGAAGACGAAGGAUUCCUGAAGGACGAGUGGUCUGCCCAAGGCCCGUCCAGCUCCAAACUGACGUCCUCCAUCCUGUGUGGCAUGGUGGCAAAGAACGGCAAGCCGGCCGGGGGCCCCAAGCUGAGCGAGCGGGGCCUGGCGGCCGCCCGGACUCUCAAACCCAAGCCGGCCGCCGGCAGGAAGCAGCCCUUUUGUUUGCUGCUUCGAGAGGUCGAGGCCCGAUCCUCCUUCAGCGAUUCCUCGGAGGACUCGUUUGACCAAGAUGAGAGCUCCGAGGAGGAGGACGAGGAGGAUGAGCUGGAGGAGGAGGAGGACGAGGCUGCCGGCGGCUAUAGGCUGGGGCCCCGGGAACGGGCCCUGUCGCCAGGCCUGGAGGAGAGCGGGCUGGGCCUGCUGGCCCGCUUUGCAGCCAGUGCCCUCCCCAGCCCCACAGUGGGGCCGUCCCUCUCGGUGGUGCAGCUGGAGGCCAAGCAGAAGGCCCGGAAGAAGGAAGAGCGGCAGAACCUGAUGGGCACGGAGUUUGAGUACACGGACUCGGAGAGUGAGGUCAAGGUGCGGAAGCGGUCGCCUGCCGGGCUGCUGCGGCCCAAGAAGGGACUGGGGGAGCCGGGCCCCUCCCUGGCCGCGCCCGCACCCAGCACCCGGGGCCCCGGCCCCGCGGGCCCCGACAAGGCCAAGCUGGCGGCGGAGAAAGGGCGCAAGGCCCGCAGGCUACGGGGCGCCAAGGAGCCUGGCUUCGAGGCGGGGCCUGAGGCCAGCGACGACGACCUGUGGACAAGGCGGCGCAGCGAGCGCAUCUUCCUGCACGACGCCUCGGCCGCGGCUCCGGCGCCCAGCAGCGCGGCCCCCGCGGCCACCAAGCCCAGCCGCUGCGGCAAGGGUGGCCCGCUGAGCCCUCGGAAGGACACCGGCCGCGCCAAGGACAGGAAGGACCCCAGAAAGAAGAAGAAGGGGAAGGAGGCCAGCUCAGGAGGGGCGGCGCUGCCCCCGCCCCGUGUUCCCGCCCUGCCCCCAGAGGCCCGGGCCCCCCACACCAGCUCCCCGGCCACUGCCAAGAGGAGCAAGGCCAAGGCCAAAGGGAAGGAGGUGAAAAAGGAGAACCGGGGGAAGGGGGGAGCCGUGAGCAAGCUGAUGGAGAGCAUGGCUGCAGAGGAGGACUUUGAGCCCAAUCAGGACUCGAGCUUCUCUGAGGAUGAGCACCUGCCACGUGGUGGGGCUGCGGAGCGGCCACUGACUCCAGCCCCGCGCUCCUGCGUCAUCGACAAGGACGAGCUGAAAGACGGCUUGCGUGUGCUUAUCCCCAUGGAUGAUAAGCUGCUGUAUGCCGGGCACGUGCAGACGGUGCACUCCCCAGACAUAUACCGUGUGGUGGUGGAGGGCGAGCGUGGGAACCGGCCCCACAUCUACUGUCUGGAGCAGCUGCUGCAGGAGGCGAUCAACGACGUGAGGCCGGCCUCCACGCGCUUCUUGCCACAAGGGACCAGGAUCGCAGCCUACUGGAGCCAGCAGUACCGCUGCCUCUACCCAGGCACCGUGGUCCGAGGCUUGCUAGGCCUCGAGGACGACGGGGACCUGAUCACAGUGGAGUUCGAUGACGGGGACACGGGGAGGAUCCCCCUCUCCCACAUCCGCCUUCUGCCUCCCGACUAUAAGAUCCAGUGUGCGGAGCCGUCCCCAGCCCUCCUGGUGCCAAGUGCCAAGCGCCGCAGCCGAAAGACCAGCAAAGACACCGGGGACAGCAAAGACGGGGGCACGCCAGGGUCCGAGGAGCCGGGCACCAAGGCACGAGGGCGUGGGCGGAAACCGAGCACCAAAGCCAAGAGUGACAGAGCCGCCGUCCUGGAAGAGGGGGCCCCGACAGAGGAGGUCCCCAGUACCCCGUUGGCCCUGGAGCCCAUCAGCACCCCAGGCUCCAAGAAGAGCCCCCCAGAACCCGCGGACAAGCGAGCCAAAGCCCCCAAGUCUCGCCCGGCAGCCCCGCAGGCCAGCCCCGCCCCGUCCACCUUCACCAGCUGCCCGGCUCCUGAGCCCUUUGGGGAGCUGCCGGCCCCCGCUGCGGUCCUGGCCCCCACCCCCCUCGUCGCCAUGCCCAUCGCCAUGCCCGCCACCCGCCCCAAGCCCAAGAAGGCCCGGGCCGCGGAAGAGGCGGCCGCCAAGGGCGCCCGGAGGCCCGGGGAGGAGGCCGAGCCGCUCGUCAAGCUGGACCACGAGGGUGUGACGUCGCCCAAAAGCAAGAAGGCCAAAGAGGCCCUGCUUCUGCGGGAUGACCCCGGAGCCGGGGGCUGGCAGGAGCCCAAGGGCCUCCUGGGCCUGGGCGGCUACCCGCCGGCCACAGGCAGUGGCGAGCCCAAGGCCGCCCGGCCCAAGUCCGGGGACGGCGACCUGACCCAGGAGCCCGGGGCCGGGCUCGAGUUCGAGGACUCGGGUGAGCCCAAGAGCCCGGACAAGGGCCAGGCGGAGCAGGACGGGGCCGAGGAGUCGGAGAGCGGCGGUAGCAGCAGCGACAGUGGCAGCAGCAGCAGCAGCUCAGAGACCGAGGGGGAGGAGGAGGGCCAGGGCGGCGGCGGCGGCCGGAACUGUAGCGCCUCCAGCUCCAGGGCAUCCUCCUCCUCGUCCUCGUCGUCCUCCUCCUCGUCCUCGUCCUCUUCCUCCUCGUCCUCCUCCUCGUCCUCGUCGUCCUCCUCCUCGUCCUCAUCCUCCUCCUCGUCCUCCUCCUCCUCCUCGUCCUCAUCCUCCUCCUCGUCUUCCUCGUCCUCCUCGUCCUCCUCGUCCUCCUCCUCCACCACGGACGAUUCUUCCUGCAGCUCAGACGACGAGGCGGCGCCUCCCGCCGCGGCCGGCCCCUCGGCGCCGCCGGCCCUGCCAGGCAAGGCGCCCAAGCAGGCGGGCAAGGCUCGCUCCUCUGCCCCCUCUCCGGGCAAGAAGGCCCCGGCGCCCCCGCCCCAGGCGCCCCCGCCGCAGCCCGCGCAGCCUCUGCAGCCCAAGGCUCAGGCCGCGGCCAAGAGCCGACCCAAGAAGAGGGAGGGCGUCCACCUCCCCACCACCAAGGAGCUGGCCAAGCGGCAGCGCCUGCCGUCCGUGGAGAACCGGCCCAAGAUCGCGGCCUUCCUGCCCGCGCGGCAGCUCUGGAAGUGGUUCGGCAAGCCCACCCAGCGUCGCGGCAUGAAGGGCAAGGCCCGCAAGCUGUUCUACAAGGCCAUCGUGCGCGGCAAGGAAAUGAUCCGCAUCGGGGACUGCGCUGUGUUCCUGUCGGCCGGCCGCCCCAACCUGCCCUACAUCGGUCGCAUCCAGAGCAUGUGGGAGUCCUGGGGCAGCAACAUGGUGGUCCGCGUCAAGUGGUUCUACCACCCCGAGGAGACCAGCCCGGGCAAGCGCCUCCAUGAGGGCCAGCACUGGGACCAGAAGUCCGGCCGCGGCCUCCCCGCGGCGCUGCGGGCCUCCAGCCAGAGGAAGGACUUCAUGGAGCGUGCCCUGUACCAGUCCUCGCACGUGGACGAGAACGACGUGCAGACCGUGUCGCACAAGUGCCUGGUGGUGGGCCUGGAGCAGUACGAGCAGAUGCUCAAGACCAAGAAGUACCAGGACAGCGAGGGCCUGUACUACCUCGCGGGCACCUACGAGCCCACCACCGGCAUGAUCUUCUCCACCGACGGCGUGCCUGUGCUCUGCUGAGCGCCCACGCCCUGCCCGCUGCCUCGGGCCCCGAAGGCCGGCCCAUCGGGGGGCCCCUCGCCAUCACUGCCACGUCUCAGGGGCUGCGUGCAUGCAAGUGUGCCCUGGGAUGCCCUGGCGUGCGUGUGUACAUGUGUGUGCCCGUAUGCAUGCACGUGUGUGCGCACAUGUACACACGUCUCCGGCCCCCUUCACGACCCCCUCGGUGCCCCCCCAAGACGGGGUUCCUCUCAGCUAUCAGGGUAUGGCUCUGCCGGGCCCCCCUCAGGGGCUCCCCUCCAGCACCUUGUAAGCACUUGGCCAGGCCAGCCCCCUCCCCCCACCCCCAGGCACCUUCGACCGAGGCCCAGCGGGGAUUCGGCGGGGAGGGGGUUUCCAGGGAACCGAACUGACAUGCGUUCUGGGGUUCCCGCUGCUCGUGGGUCCGGCUCCUCGUGCCAGACCCCUCCCUCAGCACGGAGCCCACUCCGAGCCUCCCGCCGUGAGACGGGGGGGCCUGAUGCCUGCCAGCCUCACCAAUCAGGCCAGGCCUGCUCUGGGCACCGGCCAGGGCUGGAGGAACCGGCCUCCGCCCACUCAGGACGGCCUGGACGGGGCGAGACAGCCAGGUGCCAGGCGGGGGGUGGGGGGGCUGCCCUGAGGGCCCCUCCUCCUGGUCCAGCCCCUCACACUACAGACAACCCCAAUGGUGCUGACAUCCUCGUCCCGGCCACACCCGGCCCUCCUACCCAGGCCUCGGCCAGCCCACCUGCCCAGGCCUCGGCCAGCCCAGAGGGCGGCGGUAGUGGGUCACCUGUACAGUUUUAUUGUACCAAGAGACUCUCCUCGCCCCUGUAUCAUACGCCUUUAAAUGGAGUCCACUUUUUAAUUAUAUAUAUAAAGAUAAAUAUAUAUAAAUAUAUAUAAAUAUAAACUUUUUAAAACUGUGAAAAAAUAGCUAUGAAAUUAUAAAAAAAAAAA